UGUAUUGACGUUCAUUUCUGUGAAAAAAUUCCGAUAGAAAAUAGAAAUUUUGCAGCAAAAUGCAAGAUUUUCUCGUCAAUUUCCCACAACAUUCCACAUCCCACCUGAAAAAUAUUUAAUUUAGUUAAGUGUGCAAUGUGUAAAGACUAAAUUUGUGCAAUUACAACGAGUGAGUAGAUACCCCAGAUUGCCUCUGAGGUGCUCAAGAGGCUUGUCACGUGCUUGAGGGCCGGGAAAAAUGCGACAAAGUGGCCCUAAGUGGGUCCACUUGUCGUGUUGCCAUGCCAACCUACUUGACCCCCAACCGGCAUGGAUACAGCGUGCGCUUCUCCAGAUUCAAUGCAGAUCGCCUCGCAGUGGCCACUAGUCAGUUCUUUGGACUGGCUGGUGGUGGGACCCUCUUCAUCUUGGAACUCACACCUGAUGGCGGCAUCCAGGAAGUCCAGUCCUUUCAGUGGAGCGACGGACUCUUUGAUGUGGUCUGGUCAGAGACUCCCAGUGCGGUGAUUACUGCAUCUGGAGAUGGGGGUCUGCAGCUAUGGAAUGCUGACGCAGAGGCUCGUUCAGCGACUCCUCAGAGUUGCUACUGUGAGCACAGGAAGGAAGUCUACAGCGUGGACUGGAGUAGGACGCGACAGGAGCAGCUAAUGCUGAGUGCUAGCUGGGACUGCACGAUAAAACUAUGGGAUCCGCAUCGGAGUGCCUCAAUAAGCACCUACCUGGGCCAUUCGGAACUCGUGUACAGUGCCAUGUUCUCCUGCCACAUUCCAAAUACCUUCGCCAGUGUCGGCGGUGAUGGGUACCUCAAGGUCUGGAAUACUCUGGGCCAUCAGAGACCUACAGCUAUGGUAAAAGCACACGACGCUGAGGUGCUGUCCUGCGACUGGGCGAGAUAUGAGCAGAACCUCCUGGCCACGGGUGGUUCAGACGGACUGAUCAGGGGUUUCGACUUGAGAAACUUCAGCGUACCCCUGUUUGAGCUACAGGGCUGCGAAUAUGCUGUCCGGAGAAUUCGAUUCUCACCCUUCUCGCCCAAUAUUGUGGCAGCUGUUUCGUACGAUUCCACAACACGCAUCUGGGACUUCCAGCGUACUCCAGAAGCCAUCGAGACCAUCCGGCAUCAUUCAGAGUUCAACUAUGGACUGGAUUGGAAUGCUCUGAGGUGCAAUCAGCUGGCGGAUUGCGGAUGGGAUUCCCUGGUGCAUGUCUUCACGCCCAGAUCUCUCAGUACGCCAGCCUAAAAAAAAUUGUUAAUUUUUGUGAUGCUGGGGGAGCUUGGUCUCCCUUCGGAAAAGAAAACUUUCCUGUUGCAUGACACUCGGGUUUAUUUAUAGACAACCUCCUCCUCAACUUAGAGUAUCGUGAAGGGCAAUAAAAUAUUUUCUCGAACAA